AGAGUACCGAGUUACAGGUGCCAGACUUAGCUCACUGUGCCACAGGACCCCGGUGUCUGAAGUAGUUCUCUGAAAAUUCUUCAGCACUCAAUCAUCUUCCAAGAUGUCUUACUGGAGCGAGCCUUCCAACCUGGCUCCCAACAGCCUUCCCUCAACCAACCCCUAUGGGAACUACACGGUGGUUGACACCGUACCCAAGGAGCUCCUCCAUAUGGUGGAUUCUCACUGGUACCAGUUCCCCCCCAUGAACCCCCUGUGGUACAGUCUUGUUGGGUUCUGGAUGGUUGUCAUGGGCAUCCUGUCUGUCUUCGGUAACUUCGUUGUCCUCUGGGUGUUCAUGACAACAAAGUCUCUCAGAAGCCCUGCCAACACGCUUGUCGUCAACCUGGCCCUCUCUGACUUCCUGAUGAUGUUCACGAUGUUCCCACCCAUGGUUAUCUCAUGCUACUGGCAGACUUGGACCCUCGGUGCCUUCUUCUGCGAAGUCUAUGCCUUCUUGGGAUCUCUCUUCGGCUGCGUGUCCAUCUGGACCAUGGUGUGGAUCACUGCUGAUCGUUACAACGUUAUCGUCAAGGGAGUGGCUGGCGAUCCUCUUAGCAGCAAGGACGCUAGCUUGAGGAUCAUCUUCACCUGGAUUAUCUCCUUCGCCUGGUGCCUUCCCCCCUUCUUUGGGUGGAACCGAUAUGUGCCUGAGGGUAACAUGACCGCUUGCGGUACUGAUUACCUGAGUGGAGAUAUCGUCGUCAAGGCUGUUGCCAACCACGAGAAGCAGAUGCGUGAACAGGCCAAGAAGAUGGGAGUCAAGUCCCUGAGGAGUGAUGAAGCCCAGAAGACCUCUGCUGAGUGCCGCCUUGCCAAGGUUGCUCUCAUGACCGUCACUCUGUGGUUCAUGGCCUGGACCCCCUACUUCGUCAUCAACUAUGGAGGCAUGUUGAACAAGUCCAUGGUUACUCCUCUUUUCUCCAUCUGGGGCUCCGUCUUCGCCAAGGCCAACGCCGUCUACAACCCCAUCGUGUACGCCAUCAGCCACCCUAAGUACCGUGCUGCCCUUGAGAAGAAGCUGCCCUUCCUUGCCUGCGCUACUGAGGGCAAAGAUAACAUCUCUGAGGCUGCCUCUACUAACGAGAAGGCUGAGAGUGCAUAAGAUGUUAAUUUAUCAACAAUGCAACGUUGGAAUAUGCUUCCUUUGACUUGAUUUCCUUAGUACAUUUCCCUGCAACGACA